GCAUUCACAAAGUGCCUUGGUACCCGGUUAGUAUGUGAUAGCCUUCAAUUUAGACUGGUUUAGAGCUCCAAACGGAUAAAAACUCUAUUUUUAUUCUGUAUUGGAUUGAAACGUUGGUAUAUUAUCCGCCCUGGUUCUACGUCGCAUAUUGAAAAUUGUUCGAGAACAAGAGCGCGCCCGGUUGUGAGAGCACGAGCUCACCCGACGCGCGUCGGAGGCGGCUGGUGCAAGGAUACAAGGAUAUCCCGCCGCUCCCACCCCGCGCGCAGCUAGCGCUCCCACCGCUCCCAGCGCUCGCUCUCGCAGUCGCUCGCUUCGUCGUCGACGGUGAACUACUUGUUGGUCUACUCUGCUGACCCAAAACAAGCUUAUCUGCGUUUAUCAACUGUGUUAUCACACGGAAUUCACAUUCACAACAAUCUCGCUCGUGAAAAUUAUUUCUUUUUCGACGAAACGUGAGUGUUAAUUAAUUCAUUCAUCCAAGAUGAGCGCUGGCGGCGUCGAUGAGAUUCUCAAUUACACGAAAAAUGAGGAAGAGGACUAUUACGCUGUGCUCGGCGUCAACGAGCAUUCGUCGAUGGAACAGAUCCAAACCGAGUUCAAGACUCGCGCGCUUCAAUAUCAUCCUGAUAAAAACGCCGGGGAUAAGGAAGCCGAACGGAAAUUUCAAUUAAUUAACGAAGCCAAGGAAGUCCUCACAACUCCCGAGAAGAAACUAAUGUAUGACAAGUGGAAGAAUUCCGGCAUUCAAAUUAGCUACAAGCAAUGGCUUGGAAUGAAGGAACACGUCCAACAGUCAAUGCAUUGGAGUGUACCGAAGACCAAAGACCGCAUGCUGCCGGGCAGCGGCGGCGGCAUCUCAUCAGGACCGUCGUCGCUGCAGACGCCGACGCCGGCGCAGCGACGCGCGUCCGAGGGCGGCGCCAAUCUGCACUGGGGAUCGCGCAAUGCCGGCUCUGCGUGGGGCGGCGACAAUCCCGGCGAGGUCGUCAGCAAGUUCCGCAACUACGAAAUCUAAACGUCCCCGCUUACACCUUCGAAAACUCCCACACACACAGCAUACGCACCCCCGAAUCUCUCAACCUUUUUGUGACCCAGAUGUCGAGAUGUUACCAUUGCACGUUCAAACUCAACCCCAUAUCCCUCAACCUUCUGCUUUACAAAAAUUAUUUUUAUACAUUUAUUGAUUUCUUUUCGUCCCGCAGUCAUUUCACACUUUUAUUAGAGGAGAAAAAAUGUUAUAUGCAUUUAAUCUUAGAACCCAAUACCUGAAAUACCUAAAUGUGAUAAAAUGUGUUGUUUUCUCAUGAAAAUUAAAAUGUAUUAAGAGAUUUAAGAGAAAUGAAGAGAAAUAUAUAUAUGAACAAAUGCUAUCAAAUGUAAAGUUAACAAGAAUAUCAUAAAUCAGUGUGAGACUUAUAAAACUUCAAAAAUCAUAUAUAUAUACAGAUAUAUUAUGUCUUAACAAUACUUACAGGGUGUCUACAAAAUGUAAAUCCAAAAAUUCUGACAUGAAACUAUUUUUUCGAUUGAAAUCUUAUACAAAUUAUUGAGGAACCACGCUGUAAGGACCAAAAUCAGAAAAAGUUAUGGCUAUACUAAUUCAUUAUCAACUUCUAUGUUAUCUAUUUAAUUUAUCUGCAAAUAAUUAAAUUUUAAAAUGUUUAAAGUUUAAAAUGUUUAAACAUUAAUUUUAAGAUGCUAUUAUUACGAUUUAAGUUAAGAAGCAAAGAGGUUUUGCAAUUAAACAUGUGUUGUGACUUGUAAUUAAGAAAACCAGAAAGAAGAUCGCAUCAUAUUCAUAUAUUUUGAUAAAUGUUUAUGACGAGUUUCAAUCAUUUUAUUUAUGACUCUCUGAAGCGAAAGAGGUAAAUAACAGAAUAAUCAUUACUGUAACUCAUUAACUGUCUUAAUAAGUGGUGAAUAAAUUAAAUCAAGAUGUAAUAAAGGACUUUUAAUGC